CUUGUUCGUAUGUGUUUGCACUUAGAUGUAACAUGGCUACAAGUAAUACGGAAGAAAUCAAGGAAGCAGCAUGGUCGCUUGGUUCAUUUCUUACUACCCCUCUUUUACCGAGAUUGAACGGAAGGAGCAAGGAAUAAUAAAUUUUGAUGAAUUUCCACCAGAAGUUUUGAUCAAACAUCCUCUGCAGCAUACUUGGACGCUUUGGUACUAUGAACCAGACAAAAGUAAAUCAUGGGAAGAAAGUCAACGCGAAAUUACUAGUUUUGAUACUGCAGAAGAUUUCUGGAGUCUAUACAAUCACAUAAAGCAUGCAUCAGAGUUAAGACAAGGUUGCGAUUAUAGUAUGUUCAAACAAGGAAUCCGACCAAUGUGGGAAGACGAUGCUAACAAAUUAGGUGGAAGAUGGCUUAUCAAUUUAGAAAAGAAACAAAGAGCUAUGGAUUUAGAUCAUUUUUGGUUAGAAAUUCUUCUGUGCAUGAUCGGAGAAGCAUUCAAUGAAUACUCGGAUGAUGUAUGUGGCGCUGUUGUUAAUGUUAGGAUAAAAGGUGAUAAAAUUGGUGUAUGGACAGCUAACUCCAAUUGUGAAGAUAGCGUUAUGGAAAUAGGACGUAAAUUAAAAGAAAGAUUGAGGAUUACACCAAAAGUAACUAUAGGAUAUCAGGCACAUCAAGAUACUAUGAUCAAGAAAGGAAGUCAAACAAAAAACUCGUAUACGGUCUAAUUAUAAUAUGUCAAGAAUUCUUAACUUCAUUUAAAUUUCAUUGUUAUAUUGAUCAUUGAGUAACAGGUAUUUAACAAAAUUUUCAUUAAUAUUGAUUUAAAUAUCAGUAUAUAUAAUCUAUUUAUCAAUUUGAUUAAAAUGAUGAAAAAAUAUUUUUUGUUUCUUUUUCGUAACUUCAUAUCCGAAAAAUAAUCGAGCGAAAGUUAAAAUAAAUAAAUAUUAAAUGUAACAAAAUAAUAUCAUAUAAAUGUAUAAUACAUAGUUUAGAGGUAGUUUAUGAAAGAUACGCGCAGGCUGCUGUAUUUUUCUACUUUCCACAUUUGUCACUUAAAUACAUAUUAUUUCCAAUUUGCAUGAAAUAAAGCUCGUUUCUAUUAUUAUUU